AUGGGUGAUUGGUGGGACGACUUCUCCAAUAACCUGGCGACGGACCUGGCUCCGCUCAUUUCACUUUUCGGGGAGCAGCCUACCAAACAAUACCUCAGCGAGUGUGUAACGCUACUCGAUAUCAUCAUCUUCUCAAUUGCUCCGCUUGGGAUUAUUACGACGAUUGUUUCAACAAUCCGCGUAUGCGGAAAUUCAUCACUGCGGGCCUUGAUUGGGCGAGCGCAAGAAGGCGCAGGGAACGCUGAGGUCGAGUUAUGCUCGUCAACAAGCCGCGAAGUAUGCGAGCUGUACAACAAUGGUGGCAUUGCCCGAGUAUUCGGUCGGCCCUCGCUGCUAGAAAUCGUUUUCGAUACCGGAUCGACCCUGGAUGAUUUCUUCAGCCCGAGAGAAAGCAAGCAAGCAGCCGGAAUCUACUCCUUCAAGGGAUACAUUCACAAAUUCCAGAAAGAGCAGGAAUGGUAUGAGCAUAAGAAAGAGAAGACAGAUGAGGACGAAACGGGCCGACAAGGAGCGGUAGACGGAACCAGAUCGCCCCAGGAUUUCGCUCCAAGCCCCAAUCUCUCUCUCAACAUUGGUAUCAAAUCGCGCAAUAAGGUCUGGUUCUACGCUGCUGUUGUGCUCGGAAGCUUUUUUCAAUCUGCCGUGUUGGCCUGGACAGGCAUUUUGAAUCCUGUGCUCAACCUCGGGAAAUCCAAAGUAGAAAGCGCCUAUGCAGCGCCUAUGACCGUAAUCGGAACAAUCCUUUUGUCGUGCGGAGUCGGACUAUGCGCGUACAUGAUUGAGAGGAGCACUGAGGAGCGUGUUUUCCGAAGGCCUCCACAGAACGAGACUAGUCACCGCGCCCGGAUAUUCUGGAUUCAGCCCGGACCUCAAUACGUUGGUGAUCAAGCCUUUGAUUCCUUCAUAUACACACAUGAUACGGGAGCCUUUGACCAAUACACGACCUCAUGGCGAGUACAACGGUCGGCUCCCAUAUCGCACGUCUUUUUGGGUCUUUUCCUGACGCUUCUGGGGUACAUCAUCCAAUUUAUUGGUCUGAGAGCUUGUCAUUCCUCGGUGGCUGUCGCCCAGCUGGGUUUGACCGUACUUAUGAGUCUGAUUCGGGCGUUACUUCGCACCGAACGCAUGGCCGAAGAUGACAAUCUACUUUCCAAAGGCUCGGGCCGUCUGGAUACAAAUCAGGGACACGAGCUUGCCUGGCUCGCAUCGUACCUCGUAGCUGAGAGCGAAUGCAAGCAAUGGCAUAUUCUGAAUCCGGGAGGUAUCAAACCAAUUGCACCAGAGGAGUUUGAUCCAAGAAAAAGAGAAAUUCCGGAAAGUUUCAAGGGUCUUCUCCUCCAAGCGGCCCAUCAGACGCAUGGUCUCCGACUAUCUGCUCAGGACCCGGAAAUCGAAUCGCAAUUUCGCCGAUGGGUCCAGAAUCCCUCUCAAGUUGACAAAGUAACCGAACUGCCCCACCUCGUACUCGCAGUCCUCUACAGAGCACGUCUAGCACACCUCACUCGCUCAUGGAGAGAUGAACACGUUGCUGGCCGGCAUAUGGCUCGGAAUCUCGCACAGCCCAUCGAAUCCACGACAGAAAUUCUUUUCACCGCCGACUUCGAGCUUAAGGAUGAAUGGAGCGAGGCAUCCAUUAUCUCCUGGCCCGUCCCUUGCGUGUAUGGAUUUCAACACCAAUUUUACCUCACGCUGAAGAGGAAGGCGGGCUUCAGUGGCUACACUAGUGGAUGGCAGAUAGAUCGGUCCAGCCUUGAAGCUAUUGUGAGCCUGUGGCUUUGGAAUCUGGGCUUGGAAAGUUCCCACAAACAGGAAAACCAUGAAGAUGAUGAGCAACUCUGCAAUCUAGAGAAGCCAUUUCGACGUCUGUUCUUGCCUGCACGGAGCACCCUGAGGCUUAUGGAAUUUUGGGGGACAGCCGUAACGCCUAUUCGAGGGAAUCUAAAAAGGGAGAGUGGAGUCACUCAGAACCAGAACUCGCCACACGCGUCCCGUGAUCUAGCAGUAGACGGGACCAAUUGGCGCCGGCUGUUUGGACUGUUCAACUGUGGCGUGUCACUGGAUAAAGAACCAGCUUUCUGCGAACUUCCAUCUUCAUCCAGCCCCGCAAUGCUUUGCGUCCAAGAGAUCUACUCGUUUUUCUUUUUGGCGAUGACGAAUAUCAUCAAAGGAGUUGGCGGACGGACGCAAGUUGCGGAGCACGUCAGACACUUCCGGAUAAUCAACACCAACUUUGCUCAGAUCCAGGAAUCGUUUGAACGGAGUGGCCUGGGGACUCGCGAAGACAGCCUGCAGUGUAUCAUCCCAGCUUUGGUAUCUCGAAAAAAGCCACUAUGGACUGUCGAGGACCUACUACGGCUGGCAACAAGAGGAGGCCACGAGGAACUCGCUCAUGAACUCCUCGAUACUGAGGAAAUCGACGUAGACGCCAAAGAUGAAAAGAACCGCGCGGCUCUCUGGUAUGCGGCAAGUUGGGGCAGGCAAAGUAUCCUCGAGCGACUGUUGGACACUGGAAAAGUGAAUCAUAAGGUGAAGGAUACGAAGCAUGGGCGGUCACCGAUAUACGAGGCGGCAGAGCAUGGCCAUGUAAAAGCCGUCGAAAGGUUGCUUAGGGAACCAGGCAUCGAGCCUCACGCCAAAGACAGGUACAACGAAACUGGUUUAUUUUGGGCGAGGCGAAAUGGCCAUAGAGAAGUUGAAAGGCUGCUGGUUGAGUACGACAGCAAGGUUGGAAAGACGCAAACUCGAGGUGAAUAG